AUGGCAGUUGAACCAGCUACCUCAUCAAUGUCUUUUCCUUCCCCAACCUCUCCAAUAGAAAAGCCCAAGAAAUCUAGUCCUUUGACCGAUCUUAUCGAGAGCGAAAAGAUCUAUGUGGAGUACUUGACUGGUAUAAUACGAAGAGUAGCCGCAGCAUGGUCACGAUCCAAUUUGCCACCACCGGAGCUCGAUGUCAUGUUUCGCAGCAUCGAGAGUGUCUACAAGACAAAUCGCACACUCCUCGUGAAACUGAAAGAAAUUGGUGCCAAUCCGUCCUCACCCAAAGCUCUGGGUGACCUCUUAAUGCGAUGGAUCGAUGACCUUGACCGACCUUACACGACGUACUGUCAGCAAUUCUCUACUGGUUUCGAUCAAUGGCAACCUGUCAAGUCAAAUACGAAGCUUCCAGGCGUUCUCGAGGCGUUCUCUACGGCUAGCCCUCCCUCAAUAGCUGCAAUUCAGUCCUCUCAGCUAGCAGACCCAUCGUUAUGGACCUUGGAUGCCCUAUUUCUGUUGCCCAAGGGUCGUCUUUUAUAUUAUAGGAAACUAUACAACAGACUGCUAAAGAGCACGGUACCGGGCAGGAGCGACCAUCGACUAUUGACGGGUGCUCUUGAGAAGUUAGAUGAUCUAUUGGAGACUUUGGACGGAAGAUGUCAGGUCAAGGUUGGCCACGGCCCUCCCGCUUCCUCCCCUGCACUGUCGCCUGUCUCCCCUGACGUGAAGCCUGAGCCUAUCGCUUCUCCGGCGAUGUCUCCGGUAACAGAAUUUGACGCAACGCGCGACCAGCUACUUUCAGGUCAAUUUGGGGGAGGAAAUGCAAGCGCAACCACAUCUGUGCGUGAAAGCGGUUCCUCAAGCGGAGAGCGAUUUUCCCGGGAAACGGGGAUGACAUCCAUCAGUCGUCACUCCGCACCAGCAAUGCCUACAUCCAUCGCUAACCUGGAGAAACGCUUGGCGACAGAUAUGACACUCGACUUAUUUACCAUGGAGCCCAAGCUAGUUCGUCUGCAAAUGUCUCCGCCAACGUUGCCUUAUGCUCGAGAACUUAAAUUGACGGCCAAUGUCGUUGUCCGUUUUACUCCUCGUUCGACAGGCGUGAAUGUUGUUCACCAGCACGGCUUUGUCUUUAUUCUAUCAGAUUUGUUCUUGAUAUGCGAGAAGAUGUCCUUGGACGACAGGGUUGCAGCAGGUGUGGACGGUUCCGAUAUACGGCUUUGCUACCCUCCACUUUCGGGAAAGGUUCUGAAGGUGACCGAGGUACCUGACCAAGAUAACGUACUUCAGAUUUCCAUCAUGCGGAAAGAGACGCUCAUUCUUGAGGCCAUUUCAAUGCAAUCCCGAGACGAGAUCAUCAAGGAAUUCAAGGAGUGCAUCUCUUUUGCCAAGACCAUGUCUGGAGCUACUUCAGAACCACUUCCCCCCUUGCCUAAAGGUCUCCCUGUAUCACCAGUUGCUAAUUUUCCUCCUGCAAAUGAGGGAUUUCCUUCGCGUGAACAAACCAGUGACACUCAACAGGGUGUCCCACAAGAGCAGUUUGCCAGUUCUAGUAUGUUGAAUGGAAGACCUGAGCUCCCUGAGCUUCCCUCGGCUCCUAAUUUCUCGAGGCCUCGCAUCACAUCGCAACAGAGUUUUGCGCCUCGAAAAACAAGCUUAGCACAAUUUGCUCCAGGGCAAGUCGUGGCGGGGAAUGGGAACAUUAGUCCUAGUGAAGGUGUUGGUAUGCCCCAGAUGCAAAAUUUCCAAGGUGCUCAGAGGACGCCUUCAUUGCACGAUGCUCCUUCUGGAGUCUCUCACCCUAUACGUAGGCCAUCUGCUGGUCAAGGAGCUUCCUCACAUCCGCCACCUUCCUCCUUCGGUCCGGUCAUGCCGCCAGCUCGGACUGCAAGCAUGACCAGCUCUUCGCAUCCCUUCCCCGAGCAGGACCCUAAUGCGGGAGGCGCACCUCACAGGGUAUACUCUCCUCCUGCUGUUCAAGGCUACCCGCAACAACCACCCUUGCGUCAUCAAUCGUCAGUCCAUUCGUCACAUCACACCCCGGUGCAGCCUCUUCACCAUCAACCGUCUCUCAAUCAUCAAUACCCGUCAAUUCAUCAACAUCUUCGUCCUCCACAAAGCGCACCUCCCCAAGCUCAAUCUAUGAACUUUUCUCAACAACAACAACAUCACACACAGGCAUUUCCUUCUCGGUCUACGGGUCCCGGAGGUCCUCCCCAUGGACUCCCUCCCCCUCGGCCACCGUCUGAGCCGCAGCCGUCCUCCGGGAGACUCCAUAAGUCAGCAUCAUCGCGGUCUCUCCGCUCUCAGUAUGACUAUGCCCCAGGUCCGGGUCACGCACCACCACUUCCUUCCUUACCUGGAGGGCUGCCGAUGCCAUCACGACCUUAUGGCCAACGCACAGAUUCAAUCAGUUCUGCGGGCAGCGGCAAUAAUGCUUCGAUGAGACCUAUCCUACCAUCGCAGCAGAUCAGUUCCAGAGCAAACUCGUUCACCGAACCAAAUUUCCACGAUCAUAGUCCUCCAACUUCACCGAUUGAAGAGCGAAAGCCUCUGGGUCCGGCCAAGCCCACGAUAACGGAAAUGAAGUGCAGGGUCUUCCACCAACAGCAGCAUGCACAAUGGAAGUCGUUGGGCUCUGCGCAGCUGGCUCUCUAUCAUCAGCAGCCAACUAAUGUCAAACAACUCGUUGUUGAAGCGGGCUCGAAAGACAAGAAGAACAUUCUCAUCUCGACGAUAGUGCUUACGGAUGGUGUGGAACGAGUGGGAAAAACUGGUGUUGCCAUUGAACUCAGCGACGCCAAAGGUGCACGGACAGGCAUCAUCUACAUGAUCCAACUUCGGAACGAGCAGACUGCUCAAGAACUGUUUGAUAAAUUACUUGCAGGGUCGGACAGGUCGAAAUAA